AUGGCCCAGCACGGGUUCCAUCAGUUUGGCAACGCCAACGCGGCCAACAUCGACCCCAACGACCUCGCCAUGAACAGUGGCUACUCUCCCUCCUUCUCCAACAACAACAACUUCAACUCGGGCUCCGCAAACGCCCCCAAUGGCUUUUCGAGCGGCUCCGCCGUCUUCGGCGACGAUGAGCUGCUCGACGGCCUCGCCAGCCCCUCCGAUGGCCAGGGCGGCAUGCACGGCCAGGGAGGCCAGGACUUCCCCGGCAUGAACAUGGGAUUCUCCCAGGGUGCCUUCCAGUCACACCGGGGAUCCGGUCUGCAGAUCGACCCCAACCACAUCAACGGCUUCUCCAACACGCCAGAUGGCGACCCGAUCCAGAGCCCAUACGCCGCCGGGUUCAACGCGCAGUUCCGGCAGAUGCAGGGCAACCACGGCAUCGGCAACGCGCUUCACUCGCCCCUGUCCUACUCUGGGUCUCCGCUGGCCGGAGGAGAGAUGGGCGCGGACGGCAGCGAUCCCAACUACCUCAACGCCAAGGCCAGAGCCCGCAUGUCUGCGCAGCAGAUGCAGCGCAAGGCCUCCAACAACCGCAACCCGAUGACGCCCAAGACCAACAGCAUGCACGGGAUUCCUAUUGGCUCCCAAGACUCUCCCGGCUUCGGCGCCCAGCCCAUGCGCCAUUCGGCCAGCCACGACAAGUCCCCGUCUGGUCAGUGGGUGAACACGCCAACCGGCAGCAUUCCGGCGUCCUACAACUCCGGCUUCUCUUCCCCGAUGCAGCAGGGCAUGGUUCCCAUCAAUGAGGUCAUGCUCAAGGGGGGCACGUCCAUGCCAGCCAAGCUUGGCGUCCCGGGUGCUGCGGUCUCGACCCAGGAGAUGAAGCGGAAACGCCGGCGCGAAUCCCACAACCUCGUCGAGCGGCGCCGUCGCGACAACAUCAACGAGAGGAUCCAAGACCUCAGCAAGCUUGUCCCUUCGCACCGGCUCGAGGACGACAAGAUCCGGAAGCUUAUUCAGAACGGGACGCCGCUCUCCCCGACACUCGCCGGCAUCUCCAGUCCGACACAGGCCACGUCCAGUCUUGCCGGCCCCGGCGCGCGCCGCGCAGCAGGUGGCAACACCGGCAAUAUCACCACUGGAUUACCUAUCGAGGACAAGGACAAGGGGCCCAACAAGGGCGACAUCCUCAACGGUGCCGUCAGCUGGACCCGCGACCUGAUGUGGAUGCUGCACCUCAAGCUUCAACAGCAAGAGGAGCUGAUGAACAUGAUUGCCGAGCUCGGCGGCCACUUCCCUUUCGAGCUCACAGAGGACGAGAGGCGCAUGCAGUCUGAGCUCAUGGACGCCAUCAACAGGAAUGAGAGCGGCACUUUCUCGUACUCGCGGACCGCAGGAUCUGGCCUUCGGGUCCCCAACCACACCGACUACCGAGGAGAUCCUAUGAACAGCCUGGCAGCAAACUUGGACUCGAUCGGCCUGACGCCCGAAGAUAACGGCAAUGUCGCCUUGGGCGGGGAUAUUGGAGACACGGCGCAGUUCUGGCACGACCCCGAUGACGACGGCAGCGGCAACGCCUCCCUCAACUUCAAGGAGGAGGACGAAUACGAGAUGGACAUGACUCACUAG